AUGGCUAAUAUGGAAGCAUUAAGCAAGCGUUUAGACACUUAUUACGUUGCAAUUAAGAAACUGAUCCUAAAAUAUCAAAGCCCUUCUAUUGGAUUAUUUCCUUUGGAUACAAAUAUAAAGGGUCCUGAUUCACUUUGUGGUCAUGUUAGAGAUAAUAUUUAUUGUGCUGCAGCUAUCUGGUCUCUAUCCUUGGCUUAUAGGAAAUUAGAUGAUGAUCGCGGUAGAACUUAUGAAUUGCAACAAAGUGCGGUAAAAUGCAUGAGAGGAAUCUUAUUCUGCUACUUGCGUCAAACUGAUAGGAUGGAGAAAUUUAAGAGAACCCAAUCAUGGCAAGAUUCUCUUUAUAGUACCUACCAUAUCGUCACUGGGGACCCUAUAGGUGAUAUUGCAGGUCAAUUAGAAAUCGACGCUGUUGCCUUAUACAUGUUGUAUUUAGUUCAGAUGAUAGGUUCAGGUUUACAGGUUGUUUAUACUAGCGAUGAGGUAGAUCUAAUUCAAAAUCUUGUAUAUUAUAUUGAACGAGCUUAUCGGACUCCCGACUACGGCAUGCAUCAUACUGAUAAUAAAAAAGAUGCUAAUAGAGAACUACGCGCAAGUUCGAUUGGGAUGGUUUUGGCUGCAUUACAUGCUAUUAAUGGAUUCAACGUUUUUGGACCAGCGGGAACUUCGUCGUCAGUUAUUUAUGUCGACCCUGAUGCGUAUCACCGAAAUAAUACUAUCUUUCACACUCUUCUGCCUAGGGAAUCAAGUACUAGAGAUACUGAUGCUGCUCUAUUAGCUAGCGUUGGCUAUCCAGCGUUUGCAGUGACUGAUGAAGAACUCCAAUUAAAGACUAAAGCGGUCAUUUUAAAUAAAUUAAUGGGAUCCUAUGGUUUAAAACGUUUCGUCAAUGAUUCUUAUCAUGUACCAGUUGUAGAUUGUAUCGAUGACGGCUAUACCCUAACUCAGCGAUCUAAAAACUUGGAAUGUGAAUGGCCAAUAUACCUCAUAUUUCUAUCGUUAGACGCAAUCUUUAACGGUGAUGAAGAAAAAUCUCAAAAAUAUCGUGACCGUCUGAAAGAUCUUAUAUAUAUGAGCGAUGGAACGGAAAUAGUUCCAGAAUUUUACUAUGUACCAAAGCAUUAUGUCCAUUCUGAGCGAGUGAAUCCUAAAUCCCAGACUAAAAAGAUAUGUGGUAGCAGAUAUCCGGGUAGUUUGUUUUUACAGGGGCAGUCUCUUUAUUACAUACAACAAUUGUUAGAAUACCUAAGUAACUUGAGCGGUAUUGUUAAUGAGAUAGUUGAUGAACUGAUUACCGUGGAUGAUAUUGAUGUUAUUGGCCGUCAUUCACCUUCCUCUUUAUGGCGUCAGUAUAGUUCUAAAGGCGGCGGCUCUUUUAAAAGAUUCGAGCAACUGGGAUAUAAUAAAAAACUUGGCUUAAACGGGAGACCAAAGCGUCCCAUGGGACCAUUAGGAACCAGCAAGGUCUAUCGUCUGCAUGGUAUUCCGAUUAUAUCCUAUCCUUUGAUGUUGGAUCAGACAGACUUUUAUAUGUCAUUGGACUCUUCUGUUUUUAUAAAUAAUUUGAAGAAUGGCCUAAAAUUUAUUCAUGAUAACUGGAAUAUGACCGGGAGGCCAACUGUUUGUGUAUUUCUCAGAGAUUUUAAUGUCAGGAGAAGCCAUUUCAGGGAAAUAUUUGAUCUAAUCUACACACUAAAGACAGGAGAAUGUAAUGGCGUUAGAAUAAGACUGGGAAAAUUGCAGGAGACUGAUAAUUUAUUAAAGAAAAUGACAAUAUUAAAUAUCCUUCUUAAAGAUCAUGGACCUGGGCAUUAUUUCAUUGACGGAAAUAUCCUGGAUUGUGUUAACUCUGUCUAUUCAACAGCUUGCAGCGUGUUAGCAUGGUCAGCCAUACGAUACGGAGCAAGUCUGCUAAAUAAAGUAGUGGAUAGUUUAGCUCCAUCUAUCACUACAAUGUUAGUUAAAGGAAAGCAGGUUACCUUAGGUAUAUUUGGUCACGAGGAAGUUGUUGUCUCUAGCCCUUUAACGCCCGCUGAGAUUAAGUUAAUUUUAUAUAGCAAGUGCGUUAGUUAUAAUGUAAGAGAAGCCGUAUUGCAGCAGGAGUGUGUUGAAAGUUUAUCCCCAAGUAUGAUUAGAAAAUUGCUGAUUCAAUUAUUAUCCUCCGAAUUUCAUGAAUUACCAGAAGUUAAAUCUGAAAAGAGAUGGCUUUAUCAUCGGAUUUUAGUUGGAGCUAUAAACCGAGUUCCCAAAAAUUUUUAUGAAAAUGUAUGGAAUGUAUUAUAUAAAGCACCAGAUGGUAUUUGCGUAUCAGGAAAGGUUCUACCACGGUCUCCAACCAUAAAGGAGAUGACAUGCCGUGGAAUGGGGUUUGCACUAAGAGUUGAAGAGAUGCUUUCUGGGAUUUCUAAACCGCAAUAUCGGCAGAUUGCAGUUGAAUUAUUAACUGUCAUUGCUACCAUCGCGGAACGAAAUCCUGAACUACAUUUUCAAGAAGUUAUUAAUCUAAAUAAGAUUGUAAUGAAUGCUAUUGAAUUAUUUAUUGCCUCAAAUCCGAAUUAUGAAGGACUUACACUGGAGGAACAAGAAGAUCACUUCUUCAGCUCAAGUCCGUGUGAUAAAAAUAGUACGACAACUUUUUUAGCUAGAGCCGUUGUAAAUCAAUUAUUAGAAGGUUGUAUUACCGUGACUGAACAGUCUCCUUGCAGCAUUACCUGA